GAUUAAAGAGAGCGAAAGAGAGAGAGAGAGAGAGAGAGAGAGAGAGAGAGAAUCCACCGAAUGAGAAACUGGCAGAAAGUUUAACCAACAUUAGAACAAGUUGGAUUUCAGAGCCGAGAAUUAGGCCACACCUGAGCAGACGACGUUACAGAUAGGGGUGGGAAUUAUAGGGCAUCUCGUGAGAAGAUUAAAGAGAGAGAGAAUCGGAGAGAGAGAAUCAAAGAGAGGCGGAUGUCAGAGCUUGGAAUUAGGCCACACCUGAGUUGACAACGUGUCAGGGAUCUGCAUGUUUUUUGGCCACUGAAGCACCUUCACCAUGGAGCCUCUUAACUCCACUGAUGACGGAGGACCUUCUUAUCCAAAAGUGCAGAAAUCCAGAGGAGAACCUCCAGAACCAAGUGGUGUGUCCAUGAAGAGCCACAACUCAUUGGUUAUGCCUCCUGGAUUCAGUAAUAGAAGAGAACCUCCAGAACCCAGUUAUGUGUCCAUGAAGAGUCACAACUCAAUGGUUAUGCCUCCUGAAUUCAGUAAUAGAACAGAACCUCCAGAACCCAGUUAUGUGUCCAUGAAGAGCCACAACUCAAUGGUUAUGCCUCCUGGAUUCAGUAAUAGAAGAGAACCUCCAGAACCCAGUUGUGUAUCCAUGAAGAGCCACAACUCAAUGGUUAUGCCUCCUGGAUUCAGUAAUAGAACAGAACCUCCAGAACCCAGUUAUGUGUCCAUGAAGAGCCACAACUCAAUGGUUAUACGUCCUGGAUUCAGUAAUAGAAGAGAAGCUCCAGAACCCAGUGGUGUGUUCAUGAAGAGCCACAACUCAAUGGUUAUGCCUCCUGGAUUCAGUAAUAGAAGAGAAGCUCCAGAGCCCAGUGGUGUGUCCAUGAAGAGCCACUACUCAAUGGUUAUGCCUCCUGGAUUCAGUAAUAGAACAGAACCUCCAGAACCCAGUUAUGUUUCCAUUAAGAGCCACAACUCAAUGGUUAUGCCUCCUGGAUUCAGUAAUAGAAGAGAAGCUCCAGAGCCCAGUGGUGUGUCCAUGAAGAGCCACUACUCAAUGGUUAUGCCUCCUGGAUUCACUAAUAGAAGAGAAGCUCCAGAACCCAGUGGUGUGUCCAUGAAGAGCCACAACUCAAUGGUUAUGCCUCCUGGAUUCAGUCAUAGAAGAGUACCUCCAGAACCCAGUUAUGUUUCCAUUAAGAGCCACAACUCAAUGGUUAUGCCUCCUGGAUUCACUAAUAGAAGAGAAGCUCCAGAACCCAGUGGUGUGUCCAUGAAGAGCCACAACUCAAUGGUUAUGCCUCCUGGAUUCAGUCAUAGAAGAGAACCUCCAGAACCCAGUUAUGUUUCCAUUAAGAGCCACAACUCAAUGGUUAUGCCUCCUGGAUUCAGUAAUAGAAGAGAAGCUCCAGAACCCAGUUAUGUGUCCAAGAAGAGCCACAACUCAAUGGUUAUGCCUCCUGGAUUCAGUAAUAGAAGAGAAGCUCCAGAACCCAGUGGUGUGUCCAUGAAGAGUCACAACUCAAUAUGUAUUCCUCCUGGCUUUGAUAGUGGAUACAUUUUUGAAAGGGGAAAGGGUAAUCUACUGCAGGAUCAAUCUAGGUGUGGAAUGUGUGAACGGGUUUUGACAGAUCCAGUCUCUCUCACCUGUGGACACAGUUUCUGCAGACUGUGCAUCAACAGAUACUGCGAUGAAACUGGUCAGGCUGGAGAUUUCACCUGUCCCUCCUGCAGAAAGGGAUCUAAAACAUGUCCUACUCUUCAUCCACACAAAGAUGAAUUUAUAAAUCAAGCUUCCGACCAACUAGAGGAUGAUGUUCUUCACAGUGUCAUACAGAAACACAAAACCUGUAUGAAGAACAGGUACGAGAGUUUAUUUGAAGGAAUCAAAACACAAGAGAACAGAACCCUCCUGAACAGGAUUUACACACAGCUCUACAUCAUAGAGGGAGAGAGUGAAGGGGUGAAUGAAGAACAUGAGGUUAUAAAGAUGGAGAAGACUUCAAACAAAUACUUACAGGAAACCCCAAUCAACUGCUUAGACAUCUUUAGACCUGUAGAAGAUCCUGAAGAAGAAAUGGAAGGAGUGAACAAUACAGCUGUGAUGGUUAAUGGCAUCAGACAAAAUGAAAGGAAAGAAGAUAAAGGACCAAAAGAGCUUAGAACUGUGCUGACUAAAGGCAUCGCUGGCAUUGGAAAAACAGUCUCUGUACAGAAGUUCAUUCUGGACUGGGCAGAGGGAACAGCCAAUCAGGAUGUAGAUUUCAUGUUUGUACUUCCAUUCCGAGAGCUGAACCUGAUUAAAAAUUAUCAAUGCAGUCUUUACACACUUCUCUGCACUUUUCAUCCUGAGAUCAAAGACCUGGACUCUAGGAUUUGUGAUGGACGCAAAGUUGUGUUCAUCUUUGAUGGUCUGGAUGAAAGCAGAAUUCCACUGAAUUUUUCACAGUGUGAGAAAAUGUCUGACAUCACCACGACAUCAUCAGUGGGUGUGUUAAUGACAAACCUUCUCAAAGGAGAGUUACUGCCCUCUGCUCACAUCUGGAUUACCUCCCGACCAGCAGCAGCCAAUCAGAUUCCUCCUCAGUAUAUCAACCGUGUGACAGAAAUUCAGGGGUUUAAUGACCCACAGAAGGAGGAGUACUUCAGGAAGAGAAUCAGUGACCAAGACCAAGCCCAGAAAAUCAUCUCCCACAUUAAGACAGCGAGGAGUCUCCACAUCAUGUGCCACAUUCCCGUCUUCUGCUGGAUCUCAGCCACUGUGCUUCAGCGAAUCAUGAAACAGAGUAAUACAGAAAUCCCUAAAACUCUGACUGAGAUGUACUCCCACUUUCUGAUCACUCAGACCAACAUGAAGAAAGAGAAAUAUGAGGAGAACUUCAACUGGGAUCCAAUGGAACUGCUGAAAUCUGACAGAGCCAUGCUUCUGAAACUGUCAGAACUGGCUUUUAAUCAGCUGAUGAAGGGGAACGUGAUGUUCUAUGAAGAGGACCUGAGAGAGUGCGGUAUUGAUCUCACUGAGGCCUCAGUGUAUUCUGGGAUCUGCACUGAGAUCUUUAGGGAGGAAUGUGUGCUUUAUCAAAGGAAGGUCUACAGCUUUGUACAUCUGAGCUUUCAGGAGUUCCUGGCUGCUUUCUAUGUGUUUCACUGCUACCUGAGCAAGAACGUGAAGGACCUGGGGGAUUUUAUACCACAGAACAGAUAUUGGCCUGAAAAUGUCUCACUUCAUGAGCUCCUGAUAGAAGCAGUGAGCAAAGCCUCAAAGACUCAAAAUGGACAUCUGGAUCUUUUCCUCCGUUUUCUGCUGGGCAUCUCUCUGGAUUCCAGUCAGAAGAUCCUACAGGGCCUCCUGAUCCACACAGAGAGCACCUCACAGAGCAUCAACAAAACAGUGGCACACAUCAAAUACCUAAUCUCAACAGAAGAUCUUAAUACUGACAGAUCUAUAAACCUGUUCCUCUGUCUGACUGAAAUUAAUGACCAGGAUUUACCCAGAGAGAUUCAGAAAUACAUAAAUUCAGAUGAAAGUUUAAAAAAGGAUCUGUCUGUUCUAGAGUGUUUAGCUCUGUCCUACAUGCUGCAGACCUCAGAGGAGGUGCUGGAUGAGCUGGACCUGAAGAAAUACAGCACAUCAAGAAUUGCUUAUAUAAAACUGUUUCCAGCUGUGAACAACUGCAGAAAGGCUCUACUUGCAGGCUGUGAUCUCACCAUGGAAGACUGUGAAACUAUCUGCUGUGCUCUGAAAUCAGAAAGCUCCUCCCUAAAAGAGCUGGACCUCAGUAACAAUAACCUGCAGGAUUCAGGAGUGGAGCUGCUCUCUGCUGGACUGAGAAGCUCACACUGUAAACUGGAGACACUCAGACUUGCUGGCUGUGAUCUCACCAUGAAACACUGUGAAACUAUCUGCUGUGCUCUGAAAUCUGAAAGCUCCACCCUAAAAGAGCUGGACCUCAGUAACAAUAACCUGCAGGAUUCAGGAGUGGAGCUGCUCUCUGCUGGACUGAAAAGCUCACACUGUAAACUGGAGACACUCAGACUAGUUAGCUGUAAUCUUGGUCAAAAGACGUGUGCAAAUCUAGAAUCAGUUUUAAACCUGGAAAGCUCCUGCCUCAAAAAUCUGGACCUCAGUUACAAUGACCUGCAGGAUUCAGGAGUUAAUUUGCUCUGUGCUGGAUUACAGAGUUCACGCUGUCAUCUGGAGACACUCAGGCUAGCUAUGUGUAAUCUUGGGGUAAAGGCAUGUGAAAAUCUGGCAUCAGUUGUAAACCUGGAAAGUUCCUGCCUGAAAGAGCUGGACCUCAGUAACAACGACCUUCAGGAUUCAGGAGUGGAGCUGCUCUCUGCUGGACUGAAGGGUUCACACUGUGAACUGCAGAUUCUCAGAUUAUCUGGUUGUAUGGUCUCAGAGAAAGGCUGUUCUUCUUUGGCUGCAGCUCUAAGUUCAAAUCCUUCCCACCUGAAGGAACUGGACCUGACCUUCAACCACCCAGGAGAAUCAGCACAACAGCUGUUCUCUGCUAGACUAGAAGAUCCAGGCUACACGGUCAGAAUGGAAUCUGGAGGGGUAAUCAGAAUGAAACCAGGACUUAAGAAAUACGGCUGUGAUUUCACACUGGAUCCAAACACACUAAACCCUGAUCUCUCUCUGAGUGAGGAGAACAGGAGGGUGGAGUGGGGAGAGGAGCGGCAGUCGUAUCCUCAUCAUCCAGAGAGGUUUGAUGGGUGUCUGCAGGUUCUGAGUAGAGAGGGAGUUACUGGACGCUGUUACUGGGAGGCUGAGUGUAGCGGAGGAGUAGGAGCUGAAGUAGCUCUGAGUUAUAAAACCAUCAGCAGGAAAGGACGAGGAUUAGACUGUCGGUUUGGAAAGAAUAUAAACUCCUGGACUCUGAUCUGCUCUAAUUACAGUUACUCUGUUCUUCACAAUAAAAACAGCACUGAUCUCCCCCCUCCUCCCUCCGGCUGUAGGAGAGUAGGAGUGUAUGUGGACUGUCCCGCCGGCACUCUGUCCUUCUACAGAGUCUCCACUGAUACACACUCACACACUCUCACACACUUACACACACACUCACACACACCCUCACACACUCUCACACACUUACACACAUUCUACACCACCUUCACUCAGCCCCUCUAUGCAGGGAUUGGGGUUGAUUAUGGCUCCUCAGUGACUCUGUGUAAAAUAGAAUAACCCUGUGUGUAACUGUGUGUGUGUGUGUGAGUGUGAGUGUAUGUGUGUGUGAGUGUGUGUGUGUGUGUGUGUGUGUUGGGGAGCUGUAUAAAUCAUUUCUAUUCCAGACUAAAGACUUGAAUCAAACUGAUUAAUCCAUCUACAUUUAUCACACUGUUUAUGAUUACUGUAAUAAAAUGUAUUUCUUUAUUCCUGUAAUUCAUAUUGUUAUUUUUGUUGAUUAUUUCGUGUCAUUUUAUAAUUUAUAAUCACAGAGCUUCUGUUACUGUUAUACUAUUUACCAUUUGUAUGUGUUUCUUUAUUCCUGUAUUUCAGAUUAUUAUUCUGUUUCUUUUACCUUAUUUUUGAGUUUAUUAUUAUAUAAUAAAUAAAAACAUUAACAUCAA